AUGGCUGAUUCUGACGAUUUCACGUUUUGCGAGGCAAGCUUUUAUCCACAUUGGAUUACGUGGUUUUUAGUGUCAUGUCCUCAUAGAUCAUUUGCCGAAAACUUUCGGAGAAGGAUAUUUCCUAGAUACGAAUUGAUAUUACGUAAUUGAUUUUUUUCAAAAAGCUAAAAUGAGAAUUCGAUGAAUUUUUGGGUCUUAAUUGAAACAGAAAAUGAAGCUUCACUGUGUUACCCUAAUAUUGUUUUCCAUCAAAUUAUGUUACUUUUUCAAUUAUUAUUAACUAUAAUAUCGUAUAAACUAUGAUGAAGUGACCGAGAUUUCAAUAGAAUGGACUAAUCGGAGGCUGGUGAUGCCAUGCUCCUUAUAAAAUGUUUGGCAUCUUUAUUCACAAGUUUUACUCAUUCUAGUUUUUUAUUAUCUCCAAUUUUAAUAUUUUGACGAUAAUUUCAAUUGCAUUUUACGAUACUCGAGCAUUUGGAUUGGUUUGUUAUUAAUUUUCCUCUAUUUUUGGAUAGGUUGGCAAAGCUUUGGAGGAUGAAUUUCAGUCGCCUAAAAUCAUUCUCAAUACAGAAAGCAUCUAUGCUGAAAGGGAUGAUUUGGACGGCAGAACUAGCAGUAAGAUUAGUGCCCAGGAUGAUUUAGCAGAGAAUGUCAGCUCAGAGAAGAUAAUUGCUGAGGCCCCUCUCAAAGAACCGGAAAGAGGCAUGAGCGAGUCAGCAGUUGAAACUGAGGAUCCCAUUACUGCUGCAAGACAGCCAAUCAAACGAUCGAAAGUCCCAUUUGAGAAAGGGUAUAGCCAGAUGGAUUGGUUAAAGCUUACACGUACACAUCCGGACCUUGCAGGUAUUUUUUUUAUUUUUUUCUUUCGGCAUUUUCCCAAAGCUCACUUCAGCGAUAAUUUAGCUUGAUUAAUUUCAGGAAGAAAGAUGUUCUAACAGUUGACAACUUUUGAAUCUAGAUUUUAUUUUGGAUAGAGAAUGUAGAUUCUAGUUCGCUUAUUUGGAUUUGUAUUCACCUUGGAUGCUCAAAUAUUUUUGGUUAGGUAUAACUUGUUAUGCGUAAUUGAUUGGCUUAUCUGUUAUAUAUUGUCACAUUUUUUACCUUUUUGGAUUGCCAAUGAUGAUCUAGUGAGCUAUAAGACUAUUUAUUUAUCAUUUUUGGCUAGCAUCUAACAAGAUUGGAUAAAUGCAAGUUAUACCAUGUGGAAAAUGAGUUUUGCCUUGUCACAACAUUAGUAUUUCCAUGUCUGUAUGACCUGAGAAAAUCAAUAUCCCAUGGUUUAAGACAGUGCAGCCUUCUUUUACAAAGUUGCAGUUAAUGUGGAAAAUAAGAAGAAAAAAAAAAUCCGGAUAGUGGAAUGCAACAGGAAUAUGAUUUUUUCUAUCACAUUAGUUUUGUUCUUAUGCAUAUCACCUUUAGAAAAUUAUCAUAUGACAUUCAAACAAUAUUGAAGCCAACCUUUGCUUGAAGUUAACUGAGAGAUAUAAUGGACUGAUAAUUACCUUUUUUGGUCCUCAAAAGACACCGUACACUAGCACGGUUCACAUCCCGAUAAAAAUAUUUCUUCUAGACUAUCUUGGCCACGUUUCUAUCCCAAAGACCAAAGCUUAGCGUAUGUAACUUUUAUUCUAGCGGUUUGAAGCUCUCUUUCUCGAAACCAUUCAAGCACAAGCAAAUUCUAUCACUUUUAUCGUGCUUGCUGCAUUUGUUUUUUUUAGAACUCUUAUUUUUCACGCCCUCAUGGCAGAGAAAUGAUUCUAUUUAUGGUAUAAUUGGCUUUUAAUUAUGCCCUCUCUUUGGUUCAGGACUGAAGGGUCAGACGAACAGACGGCUCAUUUCCCUUGAUGAAGUUAAGCAACACAAAAAGGAAGGGCCCAUUUGGACAGUUUUAAAAGGCCGCGUCUACAAUAUCUCGCCCUACAUGAAAUUCCAUCCUGGCGGUAUAUUGUCUAGUCUCCACAUAUUUUUUCUCCCUGAACUCAACAGUGAUCUUAGUUUCUCCCAUUUGCUUGAUUCAUUCCUCUGCAAGGGCUUAAAGGGUAAUCUAGAUAAGGUCGAAAACUGCUCUGGGUUUCUGAAUCUAUGCCAGAAUUAACGAACAAAUAUGUUGCAUUUGUUCUGAGGAUUCUACGCAUCCUCCCAUCAGAGUGAACACAGAUCGAGCAUAUAUAUUUAUGGAUUUGAACUUGUUUCGCUCCCUCAAUCAUCAUCAUCAUCAUCAUCCACAGAGCCCGGCUCCAUUCAUGUGGGCCUGCUUGAGCCUCCUAGGUUUUACUCGUUUGUGUAAGGGGAAUGCAGAAGUCAACUGGUCUCCAUUCCAGCUUAUGAGCUCUGUUCAAAGAUCGUUUUUUUUUUCUUUCUUUUUCAGCAAAAUAACGUAGAAUUCAUCCAAAGUAAAUCAAGUCAUUAACAGCUUCCUGAUUGGGGUUGCAAAUUUCUCUCAACUCCUCUUCUUGGCUCCAGCAGCAUCCAUCUUUCAUCCUACCAUGAAACAGAACCACAGCAGAAGAAAUUCCCAUUAAACAUAAUGUGCCAUAGCUGCCACGGUUUGACUUUUGGAUCCCACGGGCUUCAGAUAGCAAAACCAAGAACAGCUCUGUUUUUUUCGCCUUCUUCCUCUUCGUCUCUUUCAAUUCCCGCCUACCCAUCUCCUCUUUUAUAGUAAUAUCACGUACAGCUUUUAGCUCAUUCCGUGAUGUUUCUCAAGUAAUCUCCAUGAAUCUUACUACACCUCUUUGCCGGCAGGCGUUGACAUGCUGAUGAAGGCGGCUGGAAGGGACUGUACGGCUCUGUUCAGUAUCCUUCCCUCCAUUAAUCAUGCUCCAAUAUCUUUGUGGGUCAUUUUCUUUGGAUGAAUUCUCCCCAAAUCCAGAAAAAAAAAAAAUGAAUGGAAUUUAUUUAGGCAUAUCAUUAUAUCAGAUUUCAUCGCACAGUAAGGAUUGUACCCUUGACCAAGGCUGAAGACAAGUACCAUGCUUGGGUCAACGCAGAGUUCUUACUGGAGAAGUGCCUGGUGGGCUUCCUGGACGAGAGUCAAUGA